AGAUUUGUAUUGGUCCACAAUGAUACAAGCAAGACAUCAAGGGCUGCUGCAGCCAAACGCCAAUAAAUCCACAGCCAUAUAUGCCCCCAGUAGUUCUACCCAUACGCUUCAUAGCUCUCACCCACCAGGAGAAAAUUGCAGAGCACAUAAUUGACUACUGCAUCCAUGGCGUCUACUUCCAUGUCCACGGUCCUCUUCCUCCUGCUGGCUACCUUCGCCGCCGGUGCCAGCGCCGCCACCUUCACCGUCAAAAACAACUGCAGUUCCACAGUGUGGCCGGCAGCCAUCCCGGUCGGCGGUGGCACGCAGCUAGACCCAGGACAGACGUGGACCGUCGACGUGCCCGCCGGCACCACCGGCAGGUUCUGGGGCCGCACUAACUGCUCCUUCGUCGGCGGAAACGGCCACUGCGGCACCGGCGACUGCGCUGGUGCCCUCAACUGCACCGUCUCCGGCCAGCCACCCACGACGCUGGCCGAGUUCAGCCUCGGCGGCGGCAGCGCCGGCGGCAACCAAGACUUCUACGACAUGUCGGUGAUUGAGGGCUACAACCUGCCCAUGGCCUUCUCCUGCAGCACCGGCGUUGGUCUGGUGUGCACGAGCCCCACCUGCCCUGCCGCUUGCCUGUUUGCGAGCGAUGAUUGCAGGGUCCAUGCGUGCAGCAGCAACAGCAACUACCAGGUGAUCUUCUGUCCAUGAGAUGGUGGAUUUGAGGCAUCGUUAAGUACGUCCAAGGAAAUAGUUAAUGGUGUGGAAUUUGUAAUAAAAGGGUGCCAUGAUGAGCGACCUGGUUUAUGGGCUGCUUUGUAUGGGUGUUCUUGAUUUAAUAUUAAUAACAUUUUCCAGAAUGAGUACUGUGUGUUUAGGGUGUUA